UUGAAUCCUUUUUUCAUUCUUAAAUAAAAGGAUAGAUCCUUUGCGUCGCUUCCUGCAAACCCCUCUCUUUCUAUGUAAGAAUCUACAAAGCUUCCUUGAUGAAAAAGCAAUAUAGUUUUUUUUUUUGUUAAUUUCUCAAAAAUAAAAUCUUGUCAAUCAAGAAAGGAAUUGUCCUCACCUUCUAUAAAAUAUACAACGACUCCAUUAAAAAAUCUAUAUGGCCUUGCCCACACCAUUGCAUUUGAGAAAGUAGGGAUUCCCUUUGAGGUCCAAGUAAGUAUUUCAGCUUCUUUUAUAUGGCAAUUUUUAUGUCACGUAUAUCGAGUACAAUUGAGUUAUGUGCAUAAGUUUUGCAUAUCAUGAUGCUUUCAUAACCAUCUGUAUAUAUAGGUCGGAGCUAGGUGAGGUUUGGGAGAAUUUUAAAACAUUUAUUUUUCAGUUGUAAAGAAAUUGAAGGACAUGCUACACAUUAGAAUGCAUGAUUUUUUUCAUAUAAUCUAAUUACUUGUUUGGAACAUAAUAUCAUAGAAUUUUAUUUUUCAUUCAGAUACUCACCAAUUUCUGAUAGUAAACAAAAAAAAAUGUCCCCCAAAUCUCAAUUCCUGACUCCGCUCCAUAUAUAUAUCAUCUUGAGAUUUCUGAUUUUGAUGUUUUUUCCUUUGAAUAAUUCUUAGUUUGUAGAAUAUAUAUUUAACCACUUUGGCUCAUGACUUCUCUCUUUGGUUCUUUCUUUCAUCAACACAUGGCUCAACCACAAUGUACUAACAAAAGUAUUUCUUACAUCAUAAGGAAGAAAUGGGUCGCAUAAGAGUAGCUAUGACAAAGAUUACCCUCACUUUCAAACUCUGUUUUGGAAAAACGAGUUCCGAUAGCAACGAGUCUCAACAACUCGAUGCUCCUGUCAGCCCCGAUAAUAACACAUCGCAACGAGUAGAUGCUCCUAUAAGUUUUGGAAGGAGAAGUUCUGAUCAUAAUGCCUCCCAACUACAAGAUGUUCUUGAUGGAUUUGGAAGGAGAAGUUAUGAUAAUAACACAUAUGAUCAACAACUAGAUGCUCCAAUUAGCUCCGCUUCGACUUCUCAUACUGAUGAGUCACUACAUCUGUACAUACCGACGUUGCCCCUUCCGAACGGAGAGUACGAGGUCUUUCUGAACUUCAGAGGUCCAGACAGGGGCGGACCCACGGGUGUUUGGAGGUGUCCCUGGACACCCCUAAAUUUUGGGAAAACGAUUAUCCAACCUCCGGUGGUAAUUUACGUAUUGACAAAAAAAUUAUAAUUGAUAGUCGGGGACACCCCUAAAUCUAAAAAAGUGAUUAUCCUACUCUCAUCUUUUAGUUUGAGUAUGAGAAUAUAAGUGAAUGUUUGGGUAAUUCAAACCUAGGACACUUUUAUUUUAAUAAACAUAAUUUCCAUUAGGCUACAAAUCAUAUGUUAUUCGAUUUUAAACACUGUGUAAUAGUAUAAUGUCAUUCUCUAUCUCUAAUUAUUUUCAAAAUCUAACAAUUAAACAAAUUUUAAGCUACCAUUAAUUUGUAUUGAUUUAUGGUGGCACGACAAGUGUUGAAAGAGUCUUUUCAGCUUUGGUUUACAUCAAGAACAAGUUUAGAAAUCGAAUAUGUGACCAGUUCGUGAAUGAUUGUCUAAUAUGAUAUACAGAGACAAUUUUUUUUUUGAACAAUGUAGACCCCAAGUGUGUUCUACAAUCAUUUUUUAAUAUGAAAACACAUCGUGAAUUUUUUCAAGCUGUAUGACUGUAUGAGUAAGGUAUUUCUUAUUUAAAUAUUUUUUUUAUUAUUUUAGAAUUAUUUGUAUUUAAUUUAUUUUUUAAAAGAGGACACCCCUAUGUAAAAUUUCUGGGUCCGCCACUGGGUCCAGACACCCGUCGCAACAUCACAGACCUCAUCUAUCGUUUCCUCGUCCACUUGAAGAUUCGCACAUUCAGGGAUGAUGAUGAACUUCGUGUGGGUGAAGGAAUAUGGCCCGAACUUGUCAGAGCCAUCGGUCAGUCCAAAAUUUAUGUUGUGAUAUUCUCAGAGGGUUAUGCAGAUAGCAAAUGGUGUCUCAAAGAGCUCGCGGAAAUCGUUGAACAACGAAAGCAAGGCAAAGGACACAUCGUGAUCCCCAUUUUUCAUAUGGUGGAUCCUUCCGAUGUACGACAUCAAACGGGUUCUUAUGAGGAUUCAUUUCGACGACAUCAAAUGGAGUUUGAUGAAAGGAUUGUACAAAAUUGGAAAAACGCUAUGAAGGAGGUUGGUAAUCUAAAAGGAUAUCCCAUCAACAGCGAAGAAGGGUAUGUGACGCAACCCAUUCGCCCUUGCUUUUGUAAUAUAUUUCCCUUUCUAUUUUUCUUAUCGUAUUAUACAAAAAAAUUACCACUAAUGCACCUUUUACUAUACAUUUCUUUACGGGUUAAUUGCAUCAUUAGUCAUUGAUUUUUUUAUAAUUCUUUUUACCGUCUGUUAUUGCAUAUUUUUCAAACACAAAGCCACCACUUUAAUAUGUCACUCUAUUAUUUUUUUUUUCUCAAAUAUGUCUCUCUCUUACUUUUUACAUCAAACUUAUCUUUAUAUUUUACAAAAAUGAUCAAACAUACACUUCUGUUAAGUUCUCCCUCCAAAAACCUUCAACUACGGUCGAACCGUGGUUCGAGAGGACCUUACCUCGACAAGAGGAAAUGUUCAUUUUUACCUCUUCAUUUAUUUCUCUAAUUUCUCAUUAAAUAAAAUUAUUAGUGGUAUUAGGGUACACAAUAGAAACAGAAAAAAAUUAAAGUAAAAUUAUUAUAGGUAUUGGGCUAUACAAUAGAAAUAAAAAAAAUAUUAAGGU